AUGUCAACUUCUAUUGAUGGGACAAUAGGUGGCUCGACAUCCUCUGGCUAUUCCAACAACGUCCAUGAGUCUGCCAUUCGCAGAAAACACAUCUCUUUGAAUCAACACCUAUUCAACGGUUCUACAGAAACCUCCCAUGAAGACGAUGAAAUCAAGGACAUUAUAGAGAAAACAUCCAGGUUGCAAAUACAGAGUCAGCUGCCCACACGCUCGGCCUUCAUCAAAUAUAUUAGUCCCUUGACUCUAACUGCAUUAUCAGCAUUGGUUCGAAUAUAUCAUAUAGAUGCAGCCAAGUACGUGGUAUGGGAUGAGGCUCAUUUUGGAAAAUUUGGUUCGUACUACUUGAAAAGAGAAAUUUAUUUUGAUGUCCACCCUCCAUUGGGCAAGCUUCUUGUUGCUCUAUCUGGCUAUUUGACAGGAUAUGACGGAACAUUUGAGUUUGAAAGUGGGAAGGAAUUCCCCGACAGUAUGGACUUUGUCUUUAUGCGGGUGUUCAAUUGUAUAUUUGGUAUACUUGUUACUCCCUUGGCUUACAGAACUGCAGUGCUAGCGGGAUUUGACCAAUGGACUUGUUGGUUUAUAUCAUUACUGGUUGUAUUUGAACAAUUGUCACUAACUUUGUCCAAAUUCAUCUUGCUUGAUUCGAUGUUGCUUUUCUUCACUGUGUUUACAUUCUUUUGCUUGAUUAACCUCCACAAAGUGUGUCUGGAGCGGAAAGAGAUGUCCCAGGAGGGUUUCAAAUGGUUUCUACUAACAGGAAUAGCGAUUGGUUGUGUUUGUUCAGUGAAAUGGGUUGGACUAUUUGUGACUGUUUUGGUGGGAUUAUACACGGUUUAUGAUUUGAUGAUGAAGUUUUUCCAAUUGACAUCGACUGAUACAAUGAACUUGACAACAUAUAUUAAGCAUUGGGCAUUGAGAGGAACGUCAUUAAUUGUUGUACCCGUUGUGAUAUAUAUGCUUGCUUUCAAAGUUCACUUUAUGGUAUUGAACCAUACUGGCCCUGGUGACGGAUCUAUAUCUACUUUACUACAAGCAUCGUUAAUAGGGAAUAAUUUGCAAUUUGGACCCCGAACUGUUGCUAGUGGCUCAAUUGUAACUAUUCGAUCACAAGGUUUGUCUCCCAACUUGCUACACUCACACGCCCAUAACUAUCCUGAAGGAUCAGGGGAACAACAAAUCACCACGUAUGGUUUUAAAGACGAUAAUAAUGAGUUUGAAAUUGAA